CUACAUUUCAUGUAUUUAGAUGUUUUCCUUUUCAUUUUCCGCAUGCACAAGAUUACGCCCUAGCUGCGUUGACACUCUGCAGGUUCUCGUAACCUGUCGGGAAAUCGCGACGAUUUCUACGACGAGUUAGACUUUUUGGUCGACGGACGUGGUAGACCUAUUCAGGAGGAUCCUUAUGAAGACGAUUUCGUAAUCACUCAUCGACGUUUCAAGGAACGUGCAGCUGCCGCAUUCGAAGAGGAUAUGGCGGAAUUGAGACGCAAACGGCGAGAUAUGCAGGAUCGCGUCUUCGACGUGAUUGAUCUAAACGCCGAGAUAGAGAAGGCCAAGAGUACACUGGAGGCCGCCGGUAUCGUGUUCCAGCGACACGCGACCAAGUUCAACAAUCAGGAUGACGAUGAGCAGACGAUGUCGCUGACGCAGAAACUUGACAGAACGCGCAAGAUCGCGAAUGUUGAGCUAGAGAAGCCGAAGCCCAAAACCUUCCUGAUGAAGUGGCCCAAGAUGCCGGUCGGCGAGCCGGAAGCAGCUCAGCCCGUUGCUCAGGCGGGAAGACAGCGCAGGAUCAACUCACUGAUCGAUACCAGCGAAAUCGGUGAUCCGCUGGAGGCUGUCGCGAUGCAGCCGAUGAAACGGAGGUUUUUGAAGAGAAAGAAAAGCGUUUCAUUUUAAGAAUCAAAUAUUCUUUUCUAUUCAAUGUUAACGGUGUGCAAAAUCUAUCAAUACUUUAGUAAAAAAUUCUUAUAACUUGGAAAACUUCUUUUUAAUUCUGCAACAUUAGAUCUGUGUAAUUAAUGCUUAAAUUAAAAUUUUGUCUAUUCAAAUCUAGAUCGUUUGAAAUAGAACGAAAAAUAUGCUUUUAUAUAUAUA